GACAGCGCUCUGCGCACAACGGAUACUACUGAUGAAUGAGAAGCCACAGAUCUAGUUCAGAGAGACACGCCUGAAUCUCCAUGGGGAAAACCGAACAGCAGGGUGAAGAUCUUUCGUAGUCUCAACGUGUGUUUAAUGGGGCUAACAAUCAGACUCCAUCCAGUUGAGGGCCGCGAACAGAAAUGGGGCUCCGUCGGUGGACGGGGCCUAGAUUCUGUCCAGGUUUCAAGGUUCUGCCCACCCAGACACUCUUGUAAAGAUUGGAUCGGACCCCCGGACAGAUACUCAAACCUGCGGCCCAUCAAAUUCUACGUCCCCGAGAACGAAUCUCCGCUGGAACAGCAGCUGCGAAAAUUACGCCAGGAAACCCAAGAAUGGAACCAGCGAUUCUGGGCCACUCAGAACCUGGCCUUCUGGAAGGAAAAAGAAGAAUUCAUCUAUAGAAGAUUGAAAGCUAAAGGUUUGGAAGUGAGAGAUGAAACAGGUCAGAAAAUAACACUAAGUGCAGAGGAAAUGGCUGAUUUUUAUAAAGAAUUUUUAAGCAAGAAUUUUAAAAAGCAUAUGAACUAUAACAGAGACUGGUACAAACGGAAUUUUACCAUCACCUUCUUCAUGGGGAAAGUGGCAGUAGAGAGAAUUUGGCGGAGACUUGGACGGAAAUGAAGGAAGGUUGGAGGCCCAGAGCACGUCAGUCAUCUCCGGGACCAGAACGCAACAUCUGAAGCCCGGGCCCCUCUGAGAGCAUUAAUGGUUGACGGGUUCAGAGCCUGGGCUCUUCUACUCUUCUGAACUCUGUUUGCUGUGAAUAUCAAACCCUUGAACUUGACAGAUAAACCUGACUUUAGAGCUAGACACAGUUUUCCCCACCGGGUAAUGCAGAGGCACCCAAACUUGGGCCAGAUUUUUUGGUCCAGGAAAUCGAGCAGAUCACCGGCUUCCCCCUCCCCACUCAUUCCAGCCUAGAGGUGUGGUUCCCACAGCUCCCAGGUCUUGGCAUCUCAGGCUCCUCAGAGCUCUUUCCUCCUCUCGAGCCACAGCAUAGACAUUACUGAUUGUAACCCCAGUGUUGAACCCCGAGAACCCCUCGCAGCCUUAUUCGAUAAAUAAUACAUUCGUUCAUUCAACAGUCA